AUGAGUUAUAGAGACAAAGAGACGGCUGCCAUCGGUGUCAACAUCAAACAGAGGCGAGUUCUGGAGAACGCGAUGCAUAGCUUGAGUUUGGAAGAGUCACGAUCCUUAAAAUUGUUAGAAAUAAAUCACCGAAUCGUCAAGGUCAACUACCGGCGUCUCAAGGACAAGGUAUCCCGAAUCAGCUCGUUUCUAACGGCAAAGGAGAUCGAGGUUUUGUCAGAUAUGGAAGCUAGAGGUCAGCUCAAACCUGUCUACCGAGCCCCGAUUUCGUCGUCAUCUUUAAAAAUUACAUCCGCUGAAAAAUGUCUGAAACUGAUGAGUUCUCGUCCGCGGACCUCAGUAUCCAUAGCAACGGAAGGAUUUCGACUGGAAGAUCCGAGAUUCACCUCGCGAAGUCGGUCUGUAGCGGGACUGUCGACAGAUUUUCAUACAGACGAUCAUCGGACGACUCUGUCCAUGGUGGACAGCACUUCUGGGGCUCAGACUGCAUUUGAAACAGCUAUCGCAUCGCGCAAUAAUGGCUCCCCAAAGUUUGCACAGGCAACAAUACGGCCACUGACUUCACAGUGCGACCAGUCUUCGGGAACGAUAGCGAUUCCACUACUUGCGGGAAGCCGGGAACGAGCGCGAACCGCCCCUGUUGUGAAAUCGCACACCCCGUACAACUGUCACGAGAAGCCUGGAAAGGAGGUCAGAACGUUGAACAGCGUAAUCGGAAUGACGUCACGACCCCGUAGUAAAUCCGUCGUGUCCAUUGACAGCAAUAUAGGAGCAGACAUUUAUCAUGAACGCAAGGCAGAGAUGUUGAAACAGGAAACCGUAAAAGUAGAUGAGCUGACUAGCAGGAAAAACAAGUUUUUGAAAACAGUUAAGGAUUACAUCGAAAAAAGCAAAACAAAACUCUCUGUUAGUCCAGCUCCGAAACUGUCACAGGCCUGGCAGGCUAUCACACCAGAGGCAUUACUAGCAGCGGAAUUAGAGCAAGCUACCAAGGAGGCCAAGCGAUCGCACCGGAAGAAGAAGAAGGAAGAAUUUUCACGCCUGACGGAAGCGGAGUAUAAGAAGCGAGUGUCUCGUAGCUGGCAGAACGUGUCGAAGUGUCGCUACUUGCGGGUGCCGGCCGACAAACAGGAUGUGACAGGGUACAACACAUUAGUGAAGGAUCAGCUGUUACUUCUGAAUUCCCUGAAAAGUACUCGACAAAUUUCUUUUACAGAGGUCCUAACACAGGCUAAUUAACAUGUUUUAUGUAAUUCAGGAACAUUAGCUUCUGAGAGGAAUUUUAAACGCAAUAAUGAUAUACUGAUGUGAAUGGAGUCGAUCGUAUGCUCAAGAAGUAAGGUUGCCACGGUCACGAAAACCUCAGAACAGUCAUGUCUUUAAUUUGUCAAAAAAGGUUAUAAAUUUUUGAAAAUUUUGGAGGAGGUCCUGAAAAGAUUUGAUGGUAAAACAUCUGACCCCGGAAUCAUGAAGCGAUCUUUAUGACUUAUGUCAAAAUUUUAAUCAUUAAAUUUGGUAUGUUCCCUUCCGGCAUUUUAGCUGAAAAUCGUUGUACGAGAACAUACCCAGAAUAUAC